AUGUGGUGCUCUUUCAAGCGAGGGCUCAUCCAACCAACCGGUGCGGGACUAGUACCAGUGCCAGCACCACAAGCAUCACCUUCCCCCAAAGCACCACACAGACAGGACAUGGAUAAGUUCAAUCUCGACAAUCUGAAUGAGGAACAAAAAUCCUUCCUCCGAUCGGCCUUCCUUGAAGACCCUGAUGUUUUAGAAGACCUGUUAAAGAGUGGAACCACCACCGUCAGUCAAAGCACAAAAUCAAAGUUAACGAAGAAGUGUUGCUAUUUGCUUUUGGAUAAGGAAUCCCGUAGCUUAUUGGCCCAACUGAAAGCGACCAUCUCCACCGUCGAGUCAUCAAAAAUUAUCCGAAGACUCUUGGAAAAGACAGGGACAAGCUGCGACGUCAAUGAUUCUGACCCCUACGGCAAUGGAGAUCAAACGCCCCUCCCAUCAGAAGGUGCCAGUGCACAAAUCCUGCGAUAUCUUUUUGCCGACGGUGGUGACUUGGAACAGUGGUGGAUCGGAUAUAGAAUGCCCAGCUCCGCCUAUAGCGGAAAGAGGCUUCCUGCCUUUGCGUGGAAUUGCAUCAUGGGAGACCACAUUGCUGUUCGAAACGAGCUACAAGCUCAGCCUACUUUCCAAGACAGACGAAAUGUGCUAGAGCAACGAGUCACGUCUAUGCGCAUGUCACCACUGAUCCUGACCAUUGCAUCUUCCAAGAAUUUGGAUCGUGUUAGCCAAUACACGGGCCGGCCAACUAAGCUAAUGAAUCAUGUGGCGGUUGUUGGCAUUCUAUUAAUGUAUGGGGCCAGCCCCAAUGCCAAAGAGGUUACUGGAAAAACAGCCUGCCAUUAUGGUGCUGGCUCACAUGCCACCAAGGAUACCCUUGAAAUGACAGAUAUGUGCAUUAGGGCAACGGCCACCACAACCUUUCUUGGGAGGAAUGUUGUAUUGGAUGGACUCAGCAGAAAGAAUUACAAUGGCAUGGAGGGCAUCCUAGGUGGUUUUGUAUCAGAAACGGAAAGGAGAGUAUUUCACCCUUUGAAUGACCCAAAAAAAGAGAUGGCUAUCAGGCCUGACAACAUUUUUGUUGUCUCCAAAUGUGCUGGCCAGCAGUCUAGGCAAGUCUGCAUAUUGGACAAGUCUCUAAGGGCAAAAAACCUUGUGGAAGUACAAGACCGUAUUGGAUCAAUCUCGCUUCAUGAGGUGGCAAUGUCAAGUCAGGGUGACGUUGCAAAAUUUCUCCUCCAUCGAUCAUCCAAUUGCUUGGACAUUCCAGAUCUUUCUGGUCGGAGUGUCCGGGACAUGUUUAUGAAACCAGUUUCAGGAGUCAAUCCAGUCAAUGAUGUGAUUCGAGGUCAUUUGAAGAAAACAUCAAAGAAGAAGCUAUGGAAAGUGAGAAAGAAGGAGGCGUGUGAAAUGUGUGGCACAAAGGCAAAUCGUUUGGGCAGGGAGUUGCGUCAAUGUACAAGCUGUCUUGAUGCAGUGUACUGCUCAAAGGAAUGCCAAGUAUCACACUGGAAAGGAUUCCACAGGAAGGAAUGUAAGGAACGAGAAAAGCAGCUGGGACUGGAAUUGGGGGAUCCAGCAAGUAUUCCAAAAGGCCAUACAAGCAUCAACUUUUGUUCGCAAACAAGGUCUUCUCAAUUUCAUUGUACGGCACCAAAAAGUGCAAAGCAAGAUGAAAAAUUCUGGGUGAAGGUCCAAAGUGAAGGUUUGCAGCACAAUUUGCUGAUCUAUGACAAAACUCAUUACUGCAACUUCUACUUGGCUCCUGGUUCCUUGGGUUUUCGAGAUCUCGCUGAGAGUGUUGCAGACCAGACAGAAUUUCUGGGAAAGAAGAGCUUCUAUCUAGCAAAGAUCAACCAAGAUGGCAAAUUUGUCAUCUUUCCUCACACUUCAGCUGUGAAGAAGUGGUGA